AUGCGAUCAAAGCCUCCUUCUCUACCACUGCCAGAAGGUGUGGCAUAUGUAGCGUACAAAGGUCCUUCUCUUCAGCAAAAUCCUGCUCAAGCACGCAGUCUGACAACAAAUGCUCCACCCCAAAUCACUCCUAUCGCUGCAGUUACACAUGACAGGAAAGCGCUGGUGGUAGACAACGAUCAAUUCUUCACAGGCCAGAUAGUAGGCGACGGACCAUUAGCCAAAGAUACUGAUGAUCGUGGAAGAAAAGUGCUCGAGAUGCUCUCCCCGGACCAGGCCACGGAGCGCAUCCGCAAAAAUGAACAAUCAUACUUGGUGGGCCGAGGUAGAGGUGUUGUGCGAUAUGAUGUUGUGCAGCUACCCUCCAACGACCCCAUCGAGGAUGAUCACGCCGAGAAGAUAAUAGAAGUGCCCAAUAGCGUGGCUGCCACAGACGAUGGCGCUCCUAGCAGUGACUGGAUGUUUUGGGGCGUGUUUGAUGGUCAUUCAGGCUGGACGACAAGUGCAAAACUACGACAGGCUCUUAUCUCUUUCGCUGCUCGAGAGCUCAAUACCACAUACAAGGCGGCAGUUUCAAGCACAAAGUCUCCAUUUCCUGACGCCGCCAGCAUAGAUGCAGCAUUGAAGUCUGCCUUUACUAAACUCGACAACGAAAUAUGUAUAGAAAGUGUCAACAAGGUCUUCGCGAAUCCUCGCAAGCCGUUUGGUGCUGAACUUCUUGCACCUGCCCUCAGCGGCUCCUGCGCCCUCCUUUCGUUCUACGAUACUCGUUCAAACCUCUUCCGCGUCGCCUGCACAGGCGAUUCUCGCGCCGUACUCGGUCGUCGCAACCCAAAGUCAGGGAAGUGGUUCGCUACACCACUUUCCGAGGAUCAGACUGGUAGCAAUCCUAAUGAGGAAGCUCGAAUGCGUGCCGAACAUCCUGGUGAGGAUAAGGUCAUCUGGCGUGGUCGAGUUCUGGGCAACCUCGAACCAACUCGUGCCUUCGGCGAUGCAGCAUACAAGUGGACCAAGGACAUCCAGGAACAAAUACAAAGUAAAUUCUUCGGUCGAACACCAAAUCCCCUCCUCAGGACUCCUCCUUACGUCACGGCCGAACCAGUGGUGACAACCACCAAGAUUGAGCCACGCAAUGGCGACUUUGUAGUUCUUGCUACUGACGGUUUGUGGGAAAUGCUCACCAAUGAGGAGGUUGUCGGUCUUGUCGGUCAGUGGGUUGAGGCUCAACAGAACGGCACAUCUCCUGCCAAGUCCUCGGGUACUGCAUGGCUCACAUCAUGGUUCAGUGGUGCUAAACCACAAUCACAGCUCCCAGUCGAAAAAGGUGGAAAUACAGACAAGACUGGAAAACCAAAAUCAGACAUUGCAGGCAAGGAGGAUCUACCAAUCAGACAGCAACAAUGGCAGAUUCCGCAAGACAACAACAUGCACAGUCGUUUUGUGGUGGAGGACAAGAACGCUGCCACUCACCUGAUCAGGAACGCACUAGGUGGAAAGGACAAGGACAUGGUAUGCGCCCUGCUGACACUUCCGAGCCCGUAUAGCAGGAGGUAUCGUGACGACUUGACGGUUGAGGUUAUCUUCUUCGGAGAAGGGGCAAGUGAUGGUGCGGUACGGGUCAACGAGGAGGCCAGUUCGCAGAGCAACAACGAUAAGUUGAAGCCGAAGUUGUAA